AAACUAACCCCAAAGCCCGUCCAAAUGUCCCUUUCGGCGCUAUUCAUCCUCGACAUCAACGGCACCGCUCUCAUCUCCCGCGAUUACCGCGGAGACAUAAACAAAGAAGUCAUCGACAAUUUCCUCCCACUAAUCACAAGGCACGAAGAAACAGGUACCUCGGCUCCGGUACUCCACCACAACGGAACCACUUUCGCGUAUGUCAAGUUCAACAACCUAUACAUAAUCGGUACAAUAAAGCGCAACGCCAACAUUGCCCUAAUUUUCACUUUCAUCUACAAAUUCAUCGAAAUCGCCACCCAGUACUUCAGCAAGCUGGAGGAGGAGAGCAUCCGGGACAACUUCGUGGUGCUGUAUGAGCUGCUGGACGAGAUCAUGGACUUCGGGUAUCCGCAGACGACGGAGCCCAAAAUCCUGCAGACGUACAUCUUCCAGGAGAGCUACAAGCUGAAGAAGAUGACUUCGGUGCCUGCGGUGGUUACGAACGUGGUUUCGUGGAGGCCGGAGGGGAUUAGGUAUAGGAGGAACGAGCUGUUCAUCGACGUGGUGGAGUCGGUGAAUUUGUCGGUUAACGCCAAGGGGUCCGUGGUCUCGAAUGAGGUGGCGGGAUGUGUGAAGAUGAAGGUGCAUUUAUCGGGGAUGCCCCAACUAAGAUUAGGCCUCAGCGACAAGAUCCUCCUCGCCAUAAACUCCCAAGAUGCGGGCUCCCUCGAAGACGUCAAAUUCCACCAGUGCGUCCAGCUAUCACGAAUCUUCGAAAAAAACAUCUACUUCAUCCCGCCCGACGGCGACUUCGAGCUCAUGUCGUACCGGAUGAACACCGACAUCAAGCCCCUGAUUGCCAUCCAGACCAAAGUCGUCCACAGCUCGUCCAGCAGAAUCGAGUACGCUGUCAAAGCUACCGCCCAGUUCAAGUCCUCUUCGACCGCGAGCAACGUCGAGGUGACUUUGCCGGUCUGCCAGGACGUGGAUUCGCCGGUUUUUCGGAGCUCGUCGGGGGCGGCGAGCUACGUUCCGGAGGAGUGCGCCGUCGUCUGGAAAAUUAAGUACUUUCCAGGCGGCAGCGAGGUCGCCUUGAACGCACAGUUCAGGCUUUCCUCGAUUCGGAGCGAGGAGAAGAGGGAAAAAACGCCCGUGCGGGUUAAAUUUAUGAUUCCAUAUUUUACUGUUUCUGGUUUGCAGAUAAAAUAUAUGAAAGUAAUUGAGAAGAGUAAUUAUAAGGCCCUGACGUGGGUACGGUAUACAACGCAGAAUGGAGAGUAUCUGGUUUCGUUUAAUUAGUGGCAUCCUGCGAUUGGUAUUACGUGUGUAGUUUACUAUAUAUGGACUAAUAAAUAGAUUGGUACUGGAUCUAGA